AUGUGCUGUCCCCGGGAGGUGCUGACAGAGGUGCUGCCAGGUGACCUGCCCGGGGCGGGGGGCGGGGGCCAGCUGAGGAGUUGGGAGGCUGUGCAGGGGAGCAGUUUCCCAGGAGCCACUUCCUGCCCAGGGUGGGGGUCCGACACCCCCCAGGACGACUGUGAGGAGGGGCUGAGGACACAGGAGACUCGGUUCUCCCAGUCGGGGCCUGAAAGAGGAUGCGACACCCUGCGGCCCCAGGAGCCACGUGGGAAAGAUCUUCCAGCGCAACCUCGAAGCUGGCUCUGCACCCACAGAGGACUGUGCGGGCCGCCAAGGCCCGAGGACCACUCGCUGCACAGGAAGGGCCCGGGCUGGUGGCAGUGGCGCCGGCGUCCCAGGUGUGCUCUGAGGGAGAGGUUGCUAUGUGAAGAGGCGGGCAGUGCCUGUCUGACCAACUCAGGGGGCCCCAGGAGGUUGUGUGGGAGGUGCCCCCGCCCGGAGGCAAGUGCCACCACCGCCUCCAGGCAGCUGGGAUGUAGAGCCACCCUGGGUCUCCUCCUCUGCUGGAGAACCCCUGGUGGGGCUGGGGACAGCGGCGUCCAUCGCCAGCGGGGCUGCAGCAACCCGGACGGCACGUGGAGGUCAGGCAGUGACCAGCCCGGGGUGAAGGGCGAGUGUGAGUUCCUGCGUCGCUAUUCCUGGGUGCCCCAGAGGGCAGACGGGGUGUCCAGGCUAUGCCAGGAGAGGGGUGCGGACAGUGACCCUGGACUUCCCAUGGGGCCACCAGCCGACCAGGACGUCCCGCCACCCUCCACGGUGUCAGUGAGGCUGUUUGUUCUCCGUGUCCCUCCAGGCAGGGGUGCCGCCCCGUGGGCACUGGCUCCGGCAGAGCCCAUGGCGACCAAGGGGCGCAGUGAAGCCACUCACAGGCCAGCCUCUAACUGCACUGACCUGGGAGAGGCCCUCAGUUCCAGGGCCGAGCCAAGCCCCUCUCGACUUGGGCAUGAAGAGGUGGCGCUGCCCAGCAGAAGGGCUCAAGGCGGGGCGCCUGCCACGGUCCCCACCACCUGCCCCCAGGCUGGGCUCUGCCCGGGCACCUUCUAGCUCACUCCUGCCAGGUAGCCCAGCCUCUGUUGCACCAGGUGCCCCGCGCAGCUCCUCCUUCCAGGCUGGGCAGCCUCUCCUGUGUAGGCAUCUGCGGCCGGCAGAAACACGCAGGCUCCUCCUGUACCAUCCGGUGGGCAGCGAGAGCCGGGGUCACACCUCACCCACAGCCCAGCCCAGGGGCCUCCUGCGUGCCCUCCUGUCACUGCAUCCAGAGCACCGCGGGUCCCCUGGGGGAUGCACAGUGCAGGGCGUGCUAGAACCGCCUGGGAGCUUUAUUUCCUUGUUUAUUUAUUAUUUCUGUGUUUGAAGACAAAGUCUCACUCUAUAGUUCAUGCUGCCCUUGAACUCACAGCAAUCCUCCUGCCUCAGCCUCCCAGACAGCUAUAACUACAGUCACACACCUUAAUGCCUAGCUUUAGUGUCCUUUUUUUUUUUUUUUGUUACCAGUAAUUGAACUCAGGUCCUUUUAAAAAUGACUAUUGAAUGAGUAUCUCCCAAAGGCCCACCUUACAUGCCCUCACGUGCCAUCCAGGCUUGCCGGUCAGCCCUGGAGCCCCCACUGACAGCCCUAGACACAGAAGCCCCAUGCUCGCACGGAAGCAGCUCCGGUGACAGAAUCUCCCUCCGCCCCACUUUCAUCGGUCUAUACAGUUAGUGUUCUUGGCUGAGCCCCAGAGGGUUCCUCGUGCCGCCUGAGCCCUGAGCCUGUCUCCCCGGUGAGGCCGGCCUGCUGAGGCGCUCAGCCUGUGCAGUCAGUCGCUCAGCGUUCAGUUGGCCGGCCGGUCAGUCAGCCACCGUCCCUGGGUUGCUCUGGCCUCCCCCAGGCGGGCAAGUGGGGAGAGGUGUGGGGCGAACCCCGUGGGAGCCGCGUAACCCAUGCGCUGUCGCUGCUCAGGGCUCUGGAAGAGGUCAGGACACUGCUGCGUCACCAGGUGGCUCUCAGAGGGGCGGCCCGGGCUCUCAGUGCUGGGCUGCUCAGGGCGCUGGGGCACCCGGGCCGAAGUCCGCCGUGGCAGCUCCAUCCGCUGUGUCCCAGACAGCACAGGGUCUUUUCCUCUGAGGUGCAGUGGUUACUUUAAAAUGCUGACAUGAUGGUGCACAUCUGUAGUCCCAGCACUCUGAGAGGCUGAGGCAGGAGGAUUCCAGUUCAAGUCCUUCCUGGG